AUAAUAAAGAUAAAUUAAAAAAAUCUUGAUUGUUUGAGGUUAGAAUGCUUAUAACCUCAACUUAUGAAUAAUCAAAAAAAAAAAGUAAAUAUUUCAUUAUCUCAUCGUUCCAAAGGUUUCAUUUGCAUUUUUUCCUUGACAUACAUUUUUAUGGCAUUGAAUAAUCCAAUUCAAGAGACUCAACACCGUUAGAAUAACAAAGAAAAAUCGUUUCAUUAUAAACUGCACCUCCACAAUGUUAACACUUUUUAGUUUUGUAAUUACUACAAUUGUAGUUGUUACAAAAGUGGAAUCUUUGGAUAAUGGUUUAGCUUUAACGCCUCCAAUGGGAUGGAUGACCUGGCAAAGAUUUCGUUGUAUUACUGAUUGUGAACAGUAUCCUUUGGAAUGUAUAAGUGAAAAGUUAAUAAAAACGAUGGCAAAACGAAUGGUAGUGGAUGGUUAUUUAAAAGCAGGUUAUGAGUAUAUAAUUGUAGAUGAUUGUUGGAUGUCAAAUAAAAGGGAUUCAGAAAAUCGAUUACAACCAGAUCCAAUCAGAUUUCCAAGCGGAAUAAAAUCCCUUGCAAAUUACGUCCAAAGUUUAGGAUUAAAGUUUGGAAUUUAUGAAGAUUCCGGAUACAAAACCUGUGCAGGUUAUCCUGGAAUUUAUGGACACUUAGAAAUCGAUGCGCAAACCUUCGCCGAUUGGGAAGUUGAUUAUAUUAAAUUAGACGGUUGUUAUAACGAUCCAGAAACGUUAGUUGAUGGCUACAUUCGAUUUGGAGAACUUUUAAAUCAAACCGGACGUCCAAUCGUUUAUUCCUGUAGUUGGCCUGCUUACGAAGAACCACUAGGAAUUAAAUCAAAUUACUCAUUAUUAACCGAAAAAUGUAAUUUGUGGAGAAAUUGGGAUGAUAUCGAGGAUAGUUGGUACAAUGUAACAAAUAUUCUUGAUUGGUUUAGUGAAAAUCAAGAUAGAAUCGCUAAAUAUUCAGGUCCAGGACAUUGGAAUGAUCCUGAUAUGUUAUUAGUAGGAAAUUUUGCGUUAAGUGAAGAUCAAAGUAAAGCUCAAAUGGCGAUUUGGUCGAUUAUGGCAGCCCCAUUAUUAAUGUCCGUCGAUUUAAGAACGAUCAAACCGGAAUUUCGCCAAAUAUUAUUAAACCCUGACGCAAUAGCUAUAAAUCAGGACAAACUUGGAAUUAUGGGCAAAUUGGUUUAUACUGCUUUAAAACGUAUUGAUGUUUGGGUAAAACCAAUCAUGCCAAUCGUUAAUGGGGAGUUUUCUCUGGCAAUUGGAUUUAUUAGCAAUAGAAUUGAUGGAUAUCCACGAAUUGCUUCCGUACCUAUGAAAACUUUAGGACUUAAUAAUCCUAAAGGUUAUCACAUAACGAAUAUUUUUGACCCUGAAUAUGUAGAUGUUAUAUCUGGAGGGAAUAUUGUGGUUAGAGUCAAGCCUUCUGGAACAGUGUUUUUAAAAUUAAUUCCUAAAGACUGAUAUGUAAUUAAGACAUAAAGUAGUUAAUAUAAUAAGUUUUAUAUCGA